ACUAUUGCAAGGAGCUAGUAAGACUCAAGAUCAGCAAGAAACGUUCGAAUUUAAAGAUCAAGAAACAACGAAAACGCUGGGUCUACGCUGGCAUCCUCAGGAAGAUGUAUUCAGUUUCCAACUAAAAAUUGCACCACUCCCAACUCAAACAUCAAUCACAAUGACGAAGAGAGAGUUGCUGUCGAAUAUAGCACAAGUAUUUGACCCUCUGGGAUGGCUGUCACCAGUAACCACGAAACUGAAGUUACUGUUUCAAAAUGUCAUAUCAAAUGACAUCGGAUGGAACGAUCAAAUACCCCAAAAUAUCAAGAAAGAAUGGUUCACAAUUUCACAAGACCUCCAAGUUAUCAAAGAUAUCAAAAUCCCGCGUUGGCUAAAUACCUGCAAGAAUCAAGAAAUCGAACUACACGGUUAUUGUGACUCAUCAACUAAAGCAUACGCAUGCGCAAUCUACUGCCGUGUUAUCUCCACCGACGACAAAAAAGCAACGCCGCCACCGCCGGUACUGAUAGCAGCAAAAUCAAGACUUGUACCGUCGAAAAAAGCUGUGUCCUUGCCGAGACUAGAACUGUGUUCAGCUCUACUUCUAUCAGCCCUCAUGGAGAAGGUCAAGCUAUCUCUGUCAGAAAACCAAAUCAAAACGGUCUGCUGGUCUGACAGUACAGCAGUUUUGGGCUGGCUAAACGGCGAACCUAGCAAGUGGAAGCCAUUUAUAGCUAACCGAGUUACGAAAAUUACAAAAAUCAUACCACCGACUUGUUGGAACUACGUCAAGUCCGAAGAAAACCCGGCCGACUGCGCUAGUCGCGGAAUCACGGCCCAGCAGUUAUUAAAACACCCUCUUUGGUGGAAUGGACCAAACUGGCUGUCAUCAUACAGUGAAAAUCAAGAAAGGCCCACGUUCACUACGGAUCAAGAGGUUAAAAUAUCAAAACAAAGCCACGCGGUAACAUGUCAACAAACAGACGGCGAUAUUAUCAAUGAAUUAAUAUGUAAGCAUAGCAACAUGACUCAUUGCACCCGCGUACUCGCCUGGAUACUACGAGUGGCUUCGCGGCGUCAGCAAAGCUCGAGUUACCUAACAGCUGACGAGUUAAACACAGCUAAAAAUAGAAUCAUCAAGUACGUGCAAGAAAGAGAGUUUUCAAAUGAAAUAAUAAAUUUGAAAACAAAUCAAUCAGUGCAUUUAAAAAGCAAUAUUGUGAAAUUAAGACCUUUCCUGGAUCAAAAUGGAAUGCUACGCGUUCGAGGACGCCUUCACAACGCACACAUCAGCUGGGAAAUGAAGCAUCCUCUUAUCAUUCCACAUAGAGGUCGUUUGACCGAGUUGCUUAUAGAUCAAGCACAUAAAGCUACUUUGCACGGAACUGCCAAACUCACUCACUCGAAGCUAAGAGAAUCAGUCUGGAUCAUAGGAGGUAAUAGAGCUACAAAAAAUCGCCUCCGUCGUUGCAUAACAUGCCUCAAGCAGAAACCCCCAAAGCAAUCACAACUCAUGGGAGACUUACCUGAGUCGAGAUCAUCAUCAUCAACCAAAGAAGUACAGAAAGAAGACACGUUGCCCUCGUCGGUCGCGCCCCCAGCAAAACAAACAAAACAAAGGAAAACAAGAUCAAAACUCAUCAAUUACAUCACUAUGGCGCUUAUGUUGUUUAUGUUAAUUAUAUCACCGGCACAAUGCAAUCAUAGCGUGUCACAUUUCAAAGAGGGACAAGGCAUUUAUUUUGAUAAAAUAACGAACAUGAAGCUGGCCCGAGACGAGUGGAAACUUGUAGUUUAUUAUGAUAUUAAUCCGUACUGGGAAGGAUCAGAACUAUUUUCCAAAUACAUCAGACACUUGGAAAAUAUGUGUCACGCCCUCGAAAAUAAACAACAGUGCAACAUCGUCCUAACUCAACUGCGCCACGCCUUUUCGGAACUAAAAUACUACGACAGCAUGCUACUCGGUCAACGCGUCGAGUCCCCACGACAGAGAAGGGCCUUCUUCAACGGCGUCGGUAACGUCGCUCACAGCCUGUUCGGCGUGCUCGAUGAACAGUUUGCCGAACAAUAUCAGAAGGACAUCGACCUGACCAGAGCUAAUGAGAAACAUUUAGCACAAUUAUGGAGGAAUCAAACUUCGGUUAUCGAGGCGGAAGCUAACUUACUGAAAAGAGUUGAAACAUCAAUGCAAAAUCAGCACAAAACGUUCAAUCAACACAUAAACAACAUCGAGAAGAGCCUUAACAAGCAGGCAACUGAAAUGCAAGAAUCAACCCACAUAAAUGAAAUCACCGUAUCAUCAAUCAUCGCUAACAACAUACUCGUGAACCUGAAGAGCAUACAAGACACUUUAUUGGACACCAUUGCUAACGUUAUUUAUGGCAAAUUUAACGUGCAUCUCUUGACACCACAACAGUUGAAAGAUGAGCUGAACAUCAUAGCCGGGCAGAUGCCAAAGGAUUUGACUCUACCCUGCGAGAACAUCAACACAGAUCUACCCAAACUAUAUCAAUUAAUGAAAGUGCGAACAAGAAUGACCCGUCAGUACCUUAUCUUCGAAAUCAAGAUUCCCUUAGUUUUUCAAGAUGUGUAUGAACUCUUCAGAUUAAUAUCAAUCCCACGUCAAGUUGGAAAAAAUAUGAUCAAAAUACGACCCAUAGCAAAACAAGUGGCUAUAAACAUCAAAAAAGAAUCGUAUAUACCUAUGUUGGAUGAAACUGUAAAUAAAUGCUCGCACUACGAUUCAUAUACUCUCAUUUGUACGCUACAAGGUCCAAUUUAUCAACUAAAGUCUGACUCACACCUCUGCAUCGCCGAUCAAAUGUCGAACGAGUGUUCAGCUGACUCUGACACUUGUCGAAACAUAUGGACGGAACUAAGCACUAUGAAUACAUACCUAUACUUUUGUUGUGACGAAUGUACUGCGAGAAUCAUAUGCGGACAGGAGGUCAAGGCUGAGCAUUUGAACAAGGCAGGAAUCAUAACCCUUCGAACAGAGUGCGUGUUGAAUGGAGACGCCUUUACUAUAUUUCCCCAGAAGAAACUCUCGAACGAAAUCAAAACACAAUCAAACGUUGUUAAGUUCGACGUGCCUUCCAUCAACAACGUUAUAAACCUAACAGUACCAGUCUUGCAAGGCGAAUCAACAGCUCUUGAAAAUAACGACAAAUAUUUCAAGGUCAUCAGAGAUCAAAUCGAACAUAUGAAGAACGAGGGAGCCCUAUCAGACAGAAUCAACUACCACGACAUUCAUCAUUAUACAGUAAUCUACGUGGUCAUGGGCAUUGUCGCAGUGUUAGCAGCGCUGUACGUGCGCCGCUACAUUCGUCGACGGCAACUCGUCGCGCGCCUCACCCCUCCGUUCGCCGCCGCCGCCGCCGCCGCCCCCCGGGAGAGCGGCCGCAGACCAACCUCGAUGUCCAUCACAUCGCGCAGCUCUAUCCCAUCAGCGACCGAGCACCACCACAAUGGACAACCCCCUGAGAGACAAGAUCAUCGCGUCGCGGCGACUGCGCUUAACUCUACAAACAUUUCCAUGUUUAGGGGAUUUACUUCAAUCAAAUAAUUCCUUGCAACUUAAAUUCUAUUUCAUUUGUUUGAUUCUAUUUCAAUACAUUUCGCUGUAAUGAUCAGAUUUAUAUAAGAAUAAUGUAUCAGCAUCUUUUAUCAAUCUCUCAUCUCCUGGCCGGGAAUAUGUACAAUGCAAGCAUCGCACAUUUCUCGCGUCAGCAUUAAAAUUAAUAUAAUAAUGACUUUAUUUUAAUUGCUGUAUUUGCGAUUACGC